AUGUUGACCUCUGCUGAGCGCGCUGCCAGGCUCAAGGCCAAGGGAACCGGCGAUGGAGAGCUGGGCGACUCCUCCGGCCGUGCCGUGCGCUUGAAGGCUGUAGAGGAAGCAGCAGCGCUGGUAGUCCAGGCAACAAAGCAGGCGGCGGCUGCUGCAGAGGCGGCAACAAGGACGGCGCAGGAGCUGCGGGCCAAAAUUGCUGCUGAGAAGGGAGAAGAAGAGGAUGCAGAGGAGGAGGAAGAGGAGGCGGAGAGCAGGAAUCGGGGGCUAUGGACUCCAUCGCGAGACAGGAGGCACUCGCAGUCACCACUGCGGGACCGGAGGCGCGGCCACGGCAGCGGUCGCUACGAAUCACCGCACGGCAGAGUGGUGUACCGCGACUCCGGAACCAGCACGGUGGCGGUGGACGUAGCCGCGGUGGUGGACGAGGACGAGGCAGAGGCGGUGGACGUGGUGGCGGACGAGGAGAUGGCAAUGUUGCUGGCCGCGUCGGCCCCAACACCUGCCUCAACUGCAACCAGGAGGGCCACUGGGCACGUGAGUGUCCCCAGCCGCGCCGUGAAGAUGCAGAGCGCGGCGGUGGAGGUGGAAACCGUGCUGGCCGCGGCGGUGGCAAUCGUGGUGGAGGAGAGCCUGCAGCGGAAGCAGAGGAGCCCGCAGCGGAGGCAGAGGCGCCUGCGUCGCCCAGAACACCUACACCAGCUCCAGCAAGUCCUCAGGUUGAGCAUGUGA